AUGGAUGAGAAAGCCACGACCACUGACGAGGAUUCUGCGGACGGUGGUGGCGAAACAAGCAUCGACAAAUUUGCGAAGGAGAGAAAGUUGCGUCGCGUAGUGAGCAACUCUCUCGAAGCGAAGCUUCACGGCGAGGAUUACGGCAGUGACAAGGGUGGCUGGAGGGAACAGGGAAGGAGUGAGCCAAGCCAUAACCAGAGCCACGGGCACCAGCACCACCGUGCCAGGGCACCCGGCCUGCACCAUGAUUCCGAGGUGGCGAUACAUCAAGGCCCACGACACAGGCCGCACAACGGGCUGCUGCAACGGGAAGAUGCCAAGAAAUUAAAGCUGUCGGCGACGCAAUACGACUUCGCCAUCUGCAAGCUUCAGCCAAAUACGGCUAUUGCGAAAGAACUUCAGCAGCCCGUGACCGGACUGAUAAGUCUCUGGCAGCAGAAAGGUGGCCAUGAUCUGAAUGUGCACGUGCACGUCAUGGGACUCAAGGUCGACGAGAGCGCACGCGAUCACCGAGCCUUCAUGCACGGCAUGCACGUGCAUCAGCUGGGAAACCUAAGCGACAGCUGCCAAUCAACGGGACCUCACUUCAACCCCACCGACGCCACCCACGGAGACCGCAGGUCCACCGUCAGACACGUUGGGGACUUCGGAAACAUUGCAUGUGACAAGCAUGGCGAAAGCAAUGUCGUCUUCACUGACACCGUGGCGUCGCUCACUGGUCCACACUCCAUUGUAGGUCGUUCCAUCAACAUUCACGCUGGCAUGGACGAUCUGGGCCGGAACCCGGACAAUCCAGCGAGCGUGUCGUCUGGAGAUUCCGGGCCUCGGGUGGCCUGUUGCAUCAUCGAAAAAGUCGACAAGCUUCCUCAGCUGAGCAGCAAGGCCGCUCGGCGGAUCCUACGUGACAUCAUGCAGCCGUUCAGUGACUUCGAGAGCGAGUGAAAGAGUGUCCGCUUGAAUCAUAGAGUUUCGCAAUAGUACCAUAGAAGGAAAUCUGGCGCUAGUGUCUAUGGCAGCUGCAGUGCACGGCGCUUCAGCCAGCACUGGAAUGAUAGAUAGUACACGGAUUCACCAAAGUUUCGUUCUUUCGUGCUCCGCGUGUCUCCAUGUGGCCUGCAAUGGCUUUAUCGCAAGACGAAGGAAGGAGGAAGCAAAAAGAAAGAGAUAAGGCAGGGAAUAGAAUGAUGAGAGAGAGAAAGAGAGAUGACUGAAUAGAAGCUAAAGAAGAGAGAGAGAGAGAAACAGAAAAUUCAACCCAGCGUGCAGAACUCCACCGCGAGGCGACGUUGAGCAAAAGUUCAGCAGCUCCACUUCGUCACCUCGGCUCCUUCAGGCUGGCCAACUGAAGUCAGCCAACCAUGAUCACAACGAGUCAGUCUUCAAUCAGAAACAAAAGCCAACACACAAGAAUGAUUUUAGAAAAGCCACAACUGUGCUUAGGGGUGCAAGCGGGAAGACUAGGCAAAUCCAUGUACAACGAAUCGUUGCCGUGAUGCCUGAACGAUCGCAGUGCCAGUGUUCUCUCUAGGAAUAUUUCAGAAAACUCUAUAGCUUCAACUAUGUACAGCGAAAAGCCUUUAUAACGAACUUCUAGAGACUUUCAACGUACUUGGUUAAACAGGUCGCGGCGUUGUAUAGAUCAUGCAGCGCAACGUUCGUAUUGGCGCUGGGACGUAAUGAUUCAUCCUUCAUACGAGUAAUGUGCUUGAAUAUGCAUUAGUUGAAGUGGUUUACGAUGGACAACGGGCUGACGGGAGCCAGCAUGAGGCGCACUAAAGCCAGAACAUUCAAAUCCACAACGCUCUUUGGUCUAAGUGCCUUCUCGCAUUCACCAGGUCGCUCUUUUAAAAAUAACUUUAGCACCAGUAUUCGAAAAAAAAGUUAUGCGUGGCAAACAAAUUUGGCAUAAGAAAAUUUCGUAAAUACAAGCCAAGAUUUUUUGUCUCAUAUUUGUUCAUGAUCAUUCAUUUUACUUGCAUGCUAGUAACGCAAUUACCAUCAUUCAUUUAUUGUCAGAGAGACUUACAAUUAACAUUACGGUCUCUCAAGUAAGUCAUAUAUAACGAAAGUCUUCUCACAUCGUACCAAAUUCACCGUGAUCAUUUUGCUUGCGCAAAACACUCCCGAUAUGAGGUUCGCACGGAGUAUAUUAGCUGACGACAUUUACGCGCGGCAAACUCCAAGUGGCCUCGACAACUGCAUCUUGGUUUUAAAAGCUAAUCUUUGAAACACCCAUGGAUGUACUGGUGUCACUUGAGGCUUACACAAGACUGGCUUUCCAUUAUACUUGUCGACGAUUGGCUGGUACGCUUAAUUUUUUGUUCGUUUUGAUUUCAUCUAAGGAUACGCAUCCCUUAAUUUCACGCCAUAGAAAAUACUAUAUAUACGUAGCAAGCAUUUCCUUCGAAGUAAAUCCCACAGACGAAAAGGACGAUCGUAAUGCUGUAGGCAAUACCUCAUUUUUCUACAAACUGAGCAUGUCCCCGUGACUAAAAUGCUACGUUGCGUUAGUCGGCGGAAUGCAUGUUUUACAAUUGCCUCAGUCUAACGUACGAGGUGCUUACUUAGGUGCUGUUCCUCACUAUUACAAAAAAAAAAAAUCCGCUUUUAAUGUACCAGCUCAUGGGUGUACUUGCAAAUGGCUUUAAAGUACUUUACGCUACUUCCCACUAAAACGGGUCGGAAUAGUUAUAUCUACGCAUAAAUAAAUCAAAUGUGAGAAGCUUUAUAAAAAACACCGUCAUGAAAUUAUGUAUUAUUACUUUUGAUACUGCUCUACUUUCUAACAAAGCAUUGUAUCCUUCUGUAUAUAAUAAAUAAAUAUCUGUGCACCAAAA